ACGGACCAACGGACCAACGAAGCAACGGACCAACGAAGCAACGAAGCAACGAACCAACAAGUAGACGAACGAGCACUUCUGAUAGCCACCGAUCGUCUACUCGAAAGCAGCGUUCGGGGGCUUUCUUUUCUUCUCGGUAACGCGUGGCCCGGCACCGGAUUGCCCCGCUCGCAUCGAAUCUAAUCUCUACCGGCCGCCAUGCARUCCUCCGUUGCGUCGAAACUCCCCCGGCUCCUGGCCCGGAGAUCAAUGGCGUCCCGCCGCCUUUCUCUCUCGCUCGGGGGGCCACCGAAGAGCAGGGGCACCUGCUUUUGUCCCGGGACCCAGGGCGUCGCGCAGAAGCUGCGGGAGCAACAGCAAGAGCAACCGCGGGAGCAACCCUGCCCACCGCCGCGCCGCAUCCAUUCCACCCUGGCGUCCAAGUCCUUCUGGAGGGGAUUGCACCAGGCCGUUCGGCAGGGAAACGGAAACCACGCGGAGGAAAUCGCCGAGGAGGUCCUCCGGGACUUUUAUCGGCUGUCGGAACCCCGGCCCGUUUCGGCACCAAAAGCCCAAGCCCCCCACGACUACAGGGGAUCUSUAUCUCUGCCCCUGCCCGUCGGCCCGGGCUCCCACCUCCUGGACAGCCGGGUCUUUUCCCUGGUCCUGCGGGCCUGGCAGAACUCGGACCACGGGUCCCUCCACUCGGCGCUGCGGGCCCACAACCUGCUGGUCCAGAUGGCCGCCCUGGCCGACCAGGACGUCCUCUGCGAUCCUCCCACGCAGGGGGACUACCUGGCGGUCCUGGAGUGCUGGCACAGGGCCUCGGAGGAGGCCUCGGAGGACGGAAAGGCUGCCAGCUCCGAUGCAUGUGCCAAUUCGGCUGCCCUCGCCGCGAAGCACGCCGAGGAGCUCUGGGGACAGAUGGAGGAACGGCAGCGGAUGGRCGCCAUGGCCGGCAAGGAGGGAGGCUUUUCCAUCGGCGAGGAGGCCUCCGAGCGCUUUGCCUCGCUCCUGGCGAGGGCGGGCAGGGCCUCCCGGGCCGAGCAGGUCGUUUGGGACGCGGUGGCCAAGCAAAAACAAAAACAGCUGCGGGACCGAGAAACACACCACCGGCGAGAAGGACACGAGCGGGCUCCGAGCUACUCCUUUCCCGACGCCGUCGAUGCUAGCGGCGCGAACAAGAGCAACAACAACAAUAGCAGCAGCAGCAACAACAGCARCAACAACAGCAAAACCCACACACAAAACCAAACCGAAAACGAAACCGAAAACCACCACGAGAACCAACCGAUGGUGGGCCUGGACCUGUGCCACGCGGUUCUCCGAGCCCACAUCGCGUCCAAGGAGUCCAGGGCCUCCGAAAGGGCCGAAGCAUUUCUGCGGCAAAUGGCAGCGGACCCCUCCCUGCCCGGUCCGACCGUCGAUUCCUACAACCUAGUGCUGGAACGAUGGAUGCGUUCGUCCAGGGCCACCCGCAAACCCGGGCUCCUGGCGGACAUUGCCGGCAGGGUCGAGGAACUCAUCCACCACAUGAAAGACGAGAGCCGGAUACAGCCCGAUCUUGUCUCGUACAAGAACGGCAUCGACGCCCUGGCCCGUUCCGGCGAGGCCGUCCGGGCCGAGACCAUGCUGGCCCACCUGGUGAAGGACUAUCUCCUGCACUACGACGCGGACCUCAAGCCGGGCAUCGAGCCCUUCCAGAGCGUCCUGUGGGCCUAUUCCAAGGCGGCCACCGGGGGAAAGGGACACCGGCGCAUCCCCGAUGCGGCAGCGAGGGCCGAAUCCAUUCUCGGAAACAUGAAGGAGCUGUCGGCGAUGCUGGACACCUACCCGACCGUCUGGUCGUACAACACCGUCCUCAAGUGCCUGGCGCACUCGGGCAAGGCGGACGCGGGKGCCCGAGCCCUGGCCCUGUACGAAGACAUAGCGGGAGCCUCGCCGGGAUCGGAGCAGCCGACUGGCAGCGGCAACAACGACAAUAACAACGACAAUAACAACCACGAGGACGAAGACAAGCACCUAUCGCCGCGCCCCAUCGAUCUCGGGCCCGACGCGGUGACCGUCAACACGGUCCUGAGCGUCCUGGCGAAAGGCCCGGACGCCGCGGUGCGAACGGAAGAGCAGCUGUGGGCGUUUUGCGAGGCACACGAGCAGGACCCGGCAAGCUGCCCCCGACCGGACGCGGUGGCCUUUUCGACGGCCAUCCACGCCUGGAGCCGCUCGGCGGACGCGGAUGCCCCGCACAGGGCCGAGGCACUCUUGCAAAAACUGAUCGACCGCAACCAACACUCAGACACCCCGUGCCGCAAAAAGGACAGCCCCGACGUCGUCACCUACACCAACCUGAUGCAGUGCUGGAUCAAGUCCAAGAAACCGGAAGCCCCGGAAAAGUCGGAGUCCAUCCUGAGGGAACUGCAGGCCAUGGCCCUCGGCGGGGACAAACGCAUGGCCCCGGACGCGGCCUGCUGGAACUCGGUGAUUUCGGCCUGGGCCGCGGUGGGAAACGGGGACCGAGCGGAGGCCCUCUUUCUGGAAAUGCUCGAGGCCUCGUCCAGGGACGGGGCCGCACGCGGAGCCUCGCCCACUUCCAUCACACUGACCAACGUCCUCAAGGCGUGGGUCCGGGACCGAUCGCCGGGGGCCUCCGACCGGGCCGUUGCCCUCCUGGAAAAGAUGGAGGACUCCUACCGGUCCGGGGCCCUGGACGCGAAACCCAACACGGUGAACUACACGGUGGCGAUGGACUGCCUGGCCUACGCCAAGACACCGGCUUCGGCCGAGCGGGYGGAGGCCAUGCUCCGCAAGAUGGAGGCCUCGGGCGACCCGGGGAUGCGCCCCAGCCUGGUGAGCUACAACAGCGCCAUCAAGGCCUGGUCGUAUUCCGGGGAUCCGGAGGCCGCGGGCAGGAUCACGGGCCUGCUGCGGGAGCUCAUCGAUCGAUCGGAAGACGAUCCCGGCAUGAGGCCCAGCGACAACACCUUUGGAACGAUCCUCCGGUUCCUGGCCGAAAGCGACCUCCCGGACAAGAAACAGCGGGCAGUGGCCCUCAAAAACCUGAUGGACAUCUUCCUCGAAAGCGAGCCAAAGCCCUGGGUCAAGCACGAGCUCGAGCGGUGCCUCUCGGCCACCGGCACCGAAGGGUCCACUCCCCUUGGCGGAAGCAAUGCCCGAAGCACCCCCGAGCGCGAGAUCCCCCCCGGGGUCAAGGAUCCCCAGCCGGAACCCCGUGGGAUCGCUGCGCCCACCCGGGAGCGCAGAGCGAACAAGCGGUUCCAGAGCGAGAUCCGCCACCGGAACCUAGCCAGCCGGCCCGUGUCCGGACCGAAGGAAUCCCCGGACACCGGCCUGCGCGAUGCUCUCGUGAGGGUCCGGCUCGUCCGCGACACCGCAGCGAGCGCGGGCGACCCGGGCUGCGGCGGUGACCCCCGUCCGGUCACCCUCGUGGUGGUGGACGGGGAGAGCGAGUACUCGUGCUUGCUGGCCGGUGGAGAAACCAACCCUGCCAAGGGGAUCAAGGGCGGGCAGUUCCUAGACAUUUCGUAUUAUUGGCACAAGGGCGAUCCCGUGGUGGUGGAGGCGAGGGACGCCGUGACCGGGCACGGGAUCAAGGUAUGAACCCCCGUGGCGAUGGGAGGCCAAGGAGGACACMACAAUUUUGCGGCCUCCGGGAAACCCCUCUGGUUUCCUGCCCGAAGCUGUGGAUCGAUCGAGACAACCGAAGAACGAACGAGUCAGUCGAACGACCGCGAUUGCACCAACCCGGGGCAUCUGAAACGCAGGGUUUGUCCAUACCACUUGCGAUGGUUUGGAUCCGGUCCCGCUGCAAGUCGGUGAUGGAUGGUGAGCGAUUGGUGGCAGGCCAAGCCAACUCGAAUCGAAUCGAAUCGAAUCGAAUCGAAUCACGACGUUCUCCGUUCAAAGGUGGAGAAACCUCUGUUUGGUCUCGCAGGGGUAGUGCACGAAUCGUCGGUGCCGCGCAUGCAUGAAUCACCGAGAUGCUAGACAGGACUGCAUGCGCCCGCUUUUUUGAAGGCAUUGCAAUGCUAUGUACAUACCU